UUUGCUGGGUGUGUUUUGGGCCACUUUAAAAAGGCAGCAGACACUCUGAACUGUGUUUUCAUUUCAGCUGCAGCUGCUUUAACUCUUUAACUCAAACAAGACCAGCAACUAUUACAACUCAAGCAUGACCAGCAACUCAGGAUACACCAUAACAAAUGAGGAGGAGGUGAGGAUAGUGAUGGUGGGGAAGACUGGAACUGGGAAGAGUGCCACUGGAAACAACAUCCUGGGACGAGAGUGCUUUGUGUCAAAGUUCAGCGCAAAGUCUAUGACUGUAGACUGUGGUAAGGGCACAGCUGUGGUGGGUGGGCAACAGGUUGCUGUCAUUGACACCCCGGGUCUGUUUGACACCAGGUUUGACAUGGAAAAAACAACUAAAGAUGUGGGCCAGUGCAUCUCUUUUGCUGCUCCUGGACCCCAUGUGUUCCUGGUGGUCAUCAGACUGGGCAGAUUCACUGGAGAGGAAAUGAAGACAGUGGAGAAGAUUCAAGAAAUCUUUGGCCAGGCUGCAGACAGAUACAGCAUGGUUCUCUUUACCCACGGUGACCUUAUUGAAGACACAACUAUCGAGGACUUCUUGAAUGAAAGCUCAGAGCUUCAACAACUCGUGGCCAGAUGUAACGGCCAGUACCACCUCUUCAACAACAGGAAGAAGGAGGAUCGCUCUCAGGUCACUGAGCUCCUCCAGAAGAUCAGAGAUGUAGUCCAGAAGAACGGAGGACACCACUACACCAACGAGAUGUUCCAAGAGGCCGAGAGGUUGAAAAAGGAGGAGGUGAGGAUAGUGAUGGUGGGGAAGACUGGAACUGGGAAGAGUGCCACUGGAAACAACAUCCUGGGACGAGAGUGCUUUGUGUCAAAGUUCAGCGCAAAGUCUAUGACUGUAGACUGUGGUAAGGGCACAGCUGUGGUGGGUGGGCAACAGGUUGCUGUCAUUGACACCCCGGGUCUGUUUGACACCAGGUUUGACAUGGAAAAAACAACUAAAGAUGUGGGCCAGUGCAUCUCUUUUGCUGCUCCUGGACCCCAUGUGUUCCUGGUGAUCAUCAGACUGGGCAGAUUCACUGGAGAGGAAAUGAAGACAAUGGAGAAGAUUCAAGAAAUCUUUGGCCAGGCUGCAGACAGAUACAGCAUGGUUCUCUUUACCCACGGUGACCUUAUUGAAGACACAACUAUCGAGGACUUCUUGAAUGAAAGUUCAGAGCUUCAACAACUCGUGGCCAGAUGUAACGGCCAGUACCACCUCUUCAACAACAGGAAGAAGGAGGAUCGCUCUCAGGUCACUGAGCUCCUCCAGAAGAUCAGAGAUGUAGUCCAGAAGAACGGAGGACACCACUACACCAACGAGAUGUUCCAAGAGGCCGAGAGGGCAAUCAAAGAGGAGGAACAACGCAUCCUGAAAGAAAAGGAAGAGCAAAUACGGGAAGAAAAAGAGAAACUUGAAAGGGAAAUUGAGGAAAAAUAUGAAAAACAAAUGAAGAAAAUUACUGAGAAACUCCAGACCAGCAACCACAACCCAAGCAUGACCAGCAAGUUAGGAUACACCAUAACAAAUGAGGAGGAGGUGAGGAUAGUGAUGGUGGGGAAGACUGGAACUGGGAAGAGUGCCACUGGAAACAACAUCCUGGGACGAGAGUGCUUUGUGUCAAAGUUCAGCGCAAAGUCUAUGACUGUAGACUGUGGUAAGGGCACAGCUGUGGUGGGUGGGCAACAGGUUGCUGUCAUUGACACCCCGGGUCUGUUUGACACCAGGUUUGAUGAGGAUAAAACAACUAAAGAUGUGGGCCAGUGCAUCUCUUUUGCUGCUCCUGGACCCCAUGUGUUCCUGGUGGUCAUCAGACUGGGCAGAUUCACUGGAGAGGAAAUGAAGACAGUGGAGAAGAUUCAAGAAAUCUUUGGCCAGGCUGCAGACAGAUACAGCAUGGUUCUCUUUACCCACGGUGACCUUAUUGAAGGCACAACUAUCGAGGACUUCUUGAAUGAAAGCUCUGAGCUUCAACAACUCGUGGCCAGAUGUAACGGCCAGUACCACCUCUUCAACAACAGGAAGAAGGAGGAUCGCUCUCAGGUCACUGAGCUCCUCCAGAAGAUCAGAGAUGUAGUCCAGAAGAACGGAGGACACCACUACACCAACGAGAUGUUCCAAGAGGCCGAGAGGGCAAUCAAAGAGGAGGAACAACGCAUCCUGAAAGAAAAGGAAGAGCAAAUACGGGAAGAAAGAGAGAAACUUGAAAGGGAAAUUGAGGAAAAAUAUGAAAAACAAAUGAAGAAAAUUACUGAGAAACUCCAGGCUGAGAGAGAGAGGGAGAGGAGAGAGAGAGAGGAGGAGAGGAAGAGGGAGAAGGAGGAGAUGAGUGAGGAAAUAAAGAGGUUGUGGGAAGAGAUAAGGGAACAAAGAAAGAGAGAGCAGGAGGGGAGGAAGAGGGAGAAGGAGGAGAUGAGUGAAGAAAGAAAGAGGUUGUGGGAAGAGAUAAAGGAACAAAGAAAGAGAGAGCGGGAGGCAACAGAAAUGGAGAGGAAUAAACUAAUGGAACAGCAUCAGAGAGAACUGAGAGAGGAAACAAACAAGUUGCAGGCCAGAUAUGAACAGGCAGCCAGGAGGAGCGCUGAGAGGAGUAAUCAAGGUUCAGUUUGUGCGAUUCUGUAAAGCUGUUGUAAAAACAACUUGUUGCUUGUUUGGGUGAGUGGUCCCAAAUUCAGGCUGUGACCACAGAGGAAACCUCCAGAAGCUCCGAGACACAGAAACCAAAAAAAAGAAAUCAUCCACAGAAAUAUAAUCACAAUUAACUAUAUAACUAUAAAAUGUUUGCAUAUAAUCAACAUUUUAAGAUCAUAUCACUUAUCUCAAGCUAUUUCACAUUAAAUUAAUAUUGUUUGAAUUGUUUAUUGUAUUUUAAAUCACUGCACUUUGUUUUCUGCAGACUAAUAGAUAUCCAUAAAUAGAAAUAGAUCUGCACUCUGAUUGCUUUUGUCUUUUGCAAAGAGGUGGAGCCACCUAGUGACUUCAUAUAUACACACACUGUAUAUAUGAUUUUCAUUUCCUCUCUCUGGUUCUGGUCAUGUGUCAUUAAAUGUAUUGUAACAGUUUGUAAAUCUUUACAUUGUUUGAUUUUGUUUUCCUGUUGGUAGCAGUUUGUUAUUCAUUCAUACAUUUUAUGGUUAAUGUGGAUUUAAUGCCGCUCAAGAACAAAAAUGUGUUCAUGUGCUAAACUGAACUAGAAAUAAAGAUGUGAUGUGGUGACCAAA